AUGGUUCAACAUAAUCCAAUCAUCGAUUAUGAAAAUGAUGAAGAAGAGCCAAGCGAAAAGGGAUCCAAUGUGAUGCACGUGAGAAAUAUACCGGUAGCUUCGGUUCAAGCACAUCCUCCUCACCAUACGGAUCGAUACAACAUUCUAUUUGAUGGGGAUAAAGGUGAAUGA